AUGGCUUACGACUUAAGAGAAAAAAUUGUUUUCAUCACUGGCGGUGCACUAGGCAUCGGAGCUUUGUCCGCUAAGUUUUUCCUUGAUGAAGGCGUUAAGCAUGUCACUGUGACAGAUGUAAAUGACAGCGCGGGAAAAAAAUUGGAGAGCGAAUUGAAUUCCAAAUUUAAAGGCCGUAUGAAGUUUAUAAAAUGCGACGUAACAGUAGACGAAGAACUCUUCGGUGUUUAUAAUCAAAUUAUUAACGAAUUUGGAUUUAUAGAUGUUGUUAUCAACAAUGCGGGUAUUAUGAACGACAGCAUAUACAAGAAGGCAAUAGAAGUUAAUUUUUUACCAUCGAAUUAUGAAGGAACUGGGGUUAGAGUAAUAACCAUGUGUUACGGAGCCACAGAUACAAGUCUCCUAAGCAAAGAUAAAUUGGCCUCUUUCGAGCGGGAAAUCAAUGAGGAUUUAUACAAUUUUGUGCACUCAGUCCCUCUACAAAGAGCUGAUUCAGCGGCAAAAAGCCUCAUUGAAGUUUGCAAGCAAGGCGAAAGUGGAAGUACAUGGCUGUCGAAGAAUGACCUUCCAGUUGAAGAUGUGACUCCUCUUGACUUUGUAUAUUCAAUUUUUCCAGUGCACAAUUUAUUUUGUACUUAA